AUGGACAAUCAACCGCCUCAGGUGAAGUCCUUCGGGGACUUGUGUCAUCUCAGCGAAACAGCCGAUGGCAAAAUUUCGCGGUUCGCCGUCACAACUCGGGAUUACCAAGUCUGGAUUGGUGAAGCUCCGGUCAGCCUUAAUACCUUGAGCCUAGAGGACAUCACGGACAAUCUAAAGUCUGUUAUUCCGGAUGAAGAUGUAUACCCCGAGGCUCCAUCGCAUAUCACGACUGCUUCGGUUUCGAUUGACAGCAACAUCUUCGUCAAAGGCCCUAAAAUUGGAAGCUACAACGAGCUCGUAGGUACAGACACAUUGCCAAAACUGCUUCUCCAGGAAGCUGAGAUACUGGAGAUCUUGCGACGUAAUCAACACCAAAAUAUCAUCCAAUAUCAUGGUGUCAUUGUGAGGAGGGGUCGUAUUGUUGGCCUUGCCUUAGAUCGACACCCUCGUACGCUUGAGCUCGAAGCCCGACUGCAAAAGCGGAAGAUUAACUACGAUAUGUGCUUCGACGCGAUCAAGGCAGCAGUGAACCACCUUCAUUCGCUCGGAUUAGCUCAUAACGACCUUAACCCGAACAACAUUAUGAUGGACAAAGGCGGCAGACCGAUCCUCGUUGAUUACGGCUCUUGUCAGCCGUUCGGGAAGCCCCUCCUCACAGCAGGCACACCAGGAUGGUGCGAUGAAAAUUUCACAACUUCGGCGCAGCAAAAUGACGAAUUUUCUCUGAAACAACUCCAGAUCUGGCUCCAAAACAAAGUAAUUAAAUGA